AUGACUGAAUCACUUAUUGUACCCGGAGACAGGUUAGAUAUAAAGUCCGAGAAUAUAAUUCUUGGACCAGGGUUUUAUGUUGACCCCAAAACUGACGAGAUACUUCCAACUAAUGCCGGCAUCUUGGAAGUUUCUCAGAAACAAAAUAAAACAGUGUAUGUGAUAGAUUCCAAGUCCAAAACGUAUAUUCCCAAAACAAAUGACUUCGUCAUUGGUAUCAUCACUGGUACAUUUGGUGAGCUCUACAAAGUCGGCUUAUCUGAGUUUACACAGGCUGCUCAAAUGUCUGUAUACGCUUUCCCUAAUGCAUCUAAGAAAAAUAGACCCCAUUUAAAAGUGGGAGAUGUGAUAUAUGCUCGUGUUCUGAGUGCUGAAAGAGACAUAGAAGUCGAACUGGAAUGUAUUGACCCUACUACAGGUAAAGAAGGUGGCUUUGGACAAUUAGAGGAUGGAUAUUUAUUCACUGUGAACCUGGCUUAUGCGAGAUACCUUUUAUUUAACGAGAAUGCUGAAAUUCUCACUGAAUUGGUUAAGAAAUGCAAAUUUGAACUGGCCGUUGGUUGCAACGGUAGAAUUUGGAUUAAAUCAGAAACAGUAAAGACUACAAUCACUUGUGUGAAGAUAAUUGAAGAAUCCCAAAAUUGGUCCAAACAAGAUAUUCCCAAAAAGUUGAAAGAAGUGUGGGCUGCUUUCAACUGA